AUGAAGGACGAUUCGAUGAUUGAGUACGGAUUGUCCAAGUACAAUGACAUACAGACAAUUCAGAUCAAGGAGCUGUGCGAAAAUACACCGCCCGGACUAUUUUCGCGCGUGCUGGAUAUAUCAUGUGAGUACGACUUAGCAAAUGUCUGUACGGUGGGGGAUAAGGUCCUAGUCGCCGGGGUGUAUCGUAACCUGGGUGAUACGAGUGUUGCUAAAUCCCAAUUACUUAGAUAUGUGUCAAGUGUGGCGCCUAUAGGUAUAGGCACUACAGGAAGAGGGCUUUCGGGUGUUGGUUUGACUGCUCCUAAACAGGCGUUUUGGACCUAG